UUGAGAUUCGACAGUUCUGCGCUCGCUCCGGGGUCGAAUGUUUAUCAGCAGAGGCGCGAAGUCCGGUCGGGACUACGGUACUACGAAUAUGAUCGCAGUUGGAGUCUGGGAACCCCGCGAGAGUUCCAGUAACGGACAGUCUGCUGGUAUAAAAGCCAAGUGCACUGAUGCAGCCGCAGAAGUAGCGGUAGGCUCAGCCUUUGCGGUGCAGCGGGACGAGGUGGCUGCUCAAGAUGUGGCUGCUGGUGUGGCUCCUGCUGGUCGAGGGUUUGGCUGCUGAGCGGGUCGGGGCGCACGACAUCCCGCUGGAGAGCGGCCUCGGCGCGGUCCCGGAGUCGUCCGCCGCUCUGUCGGACCGGCUACAGAGGAUGGACGAGCGUCUGAUCCAGCUGGCCGCCCGUCUGGAGUCGCUGACGCACACGGUGGACACGCAGCUGGCACAGCUGGAUAACAGCGUGCUGCAGCUGUACAGGGAGCUGGGUAGCGGCCGGCUGACCGAGGCCGCCGCCGAGCUGCGCGGGGUGCUGCAGGAGGCCCGGGUGGCGCCCGCCGACCCGCAGCUGGUCAGCACCCUCAGCCAGCAGAUCCGUCAGUCGGAGCAACUGCUGCAGGCGCAGCUCAACGACACGCAGCAGCGGCUGGUGACGCUGCUGGAGGAGGGUCGGCCCGCCGCCUCCCCGGCCACCACGACCGUGAUCGUGGAGCGGUGCAGCUUCCCGGACCAGUUCCAGCGGACGGACGAGUGGCGGCCGGCCGACUGCGCGGCCGUCCAGCAGCGCCACCAGCGCAGCGGCGUCUACACCAUCUACCCGCCUGUCUGCGGCAACGGCGGCGGCAUCCGCGUCUACUGCGACAUGGACACGGACGGCGGCGGCUGGACCGUGCUGCUGAGGCGCGCCGACCUCCCCGGCCACCAGGACUUCGACCUCGGCUGGGACAGCUACAAGUGGGGCUUCGGCAACCUCAGCGCCGAGUUCUGGCUGGGCAACGAGUACAUGAGCCUGCUGACCAGCAUGGAGCAGAUGCAGCUCCGUGUGGAUCUGAAGGACUGGGGGAACGCCUCUGCCACCGCCAGUUACACGCCGUUUUCCAUCGGCUCCGAGCAGCAAAAGUAUGCACUGAAGGUCGGCAAGUACGAGGGGAACGCCGGCGACGCCCUGACUUAUUACAACACCAUGGCGUUUACUACCAAAGACCGCGAUAACGACAAGUGGAGUAAGAACUGCGCCCAACACUACCAGCACGCGUGGUGGAACAAGUCCUGCCUGCACUCGACACUCACGGGACCGUACAAGAAAGGUGCUCUGAAAAGCAGCUGGGCAGGAGUGACCUGGAAACAGUGGAAGGGCGAUAGGUAUUCGUUGAAGCACGUUGAGCUCAAGAUGAGACCGGUCAACUACAUGACCUGGUGUCACAAACUGGCUCAGGAAGGCGUCAGCGAGUGACGUCUGGCCCACCCGAUGACGCGUAACAUGUCAUCUGACGUGGAAUAUCAAAGACUAGCUAAACACAUCAGGUCUCCUUUCAACGAAUGUUUUUUGUGUAUAUGCAGUGUAAACUAUAUUAUUAAUAUUGCUCGUGCAAUGUCACGAGAACUUAAUGUGUGACAUUAGAAGCAGGUCGUUAAACAGGGACUCGAUUGAACCGUUUGACUAAGGACGUUGCUUCAUUUUACUCCUAUUGAUUUUCGCCUUGUUUGUAAUACAUAUAUACUUAGUACA